AUGCCCACCACGUCCCUGCUCCUCCGGUCCUAUGCAGCAGCGGCCACCACCACCGCCAGCAGCCGGGGCUCUCUGUCCUCCUCCGGCAGCUCUGGCACGCCGCCGGCUGCAGACGAAGGCCGCGCCGUGGCCCACGUGCGGAGGCGCGAGGGCGGCCCUCUUCGUGUCCUCAUCUCCGGCGCCACCGUCGGCGGCCUCACCCUCGCUCACUGCCUGCGGGCGAGGGGCAUCCAAGCGGAGGUGGUGGAGGCCGACAGCAACUACGACCGCUUUGUCGGGAGAAGCGCGGUCGUGUCGGGCGACGCGUUGCGCGUCCUGCAGGGCCUCGGCCUGCGUUCCGUGCUUGAGAGGGAAGGGACGGUACUGGCCAAGGCCGUCACGGGCCUCUACUCGGGCAAGAGCAUCCACCAGCAGAACUUUGAGCCGCCCACGCAGGACCAAGGCGCCGGAGCCGUCGCCAUCCCGGCCUUCGCCCUCGCCGAGCUGUUGGCAGAGAGCUGGGAGAGCCGAGGCGGCCGCAUCAACACGUCCACUGCUAUCCUCACCAUGCGCGAGGUGGCGGGUACGGGCGUGCGGUGCUCGUUCAGGGAUGCGAAGAUGGGCAGCCGGGACUACGACCUCAUCGUACUGGCCGACGGCGUCAAUUCCGGGAACACGCCGGAGGUUCUCAAGGAGGAGAUCUACCAGAACCCGUACAUGACCGCCACGCAAGUGGGUGCCUACGGCGUGUGGAGCACCUACCUCCCACGCCCCUUCACCAUCGCCCCCGACCAGGCCGUCGACGUCUUGGGACUCGGGAGCCGAGCGGGCUACGUCCCCAUGCCCGAGGACCUCCUCUACUUCUGGGCCACCCAUAGGGCGGACAUGGCGCCGUUCCUGAAGGGCGGGGCGAGGGAGGCGCGGGAGUGGCCGUCGGUGGGCGGCGGGUUCGAGAAGGGGUUCAGCAUGCGCACGGUGGUGCAGCAGGUGGAGCAGAGCGACCGCACGUGCUGGGUGCACUACCCGCGGGACAUGCGCAUCAAGCAGUGGACCCACCGCGCCGGCCGCGUGGCGCUCCUCGGGUCGGGGGCCUACAGCACGGCACCCCUGCCCUUGCACGAGGCCGCCCUGCCCAUCGAGGACGCCGCCGUGCUGGCCCACGCCCUCGCCACCCACCCACUCCCGGCCGACGCCCUCGCCGCCUACGCCGCCCGCCGCAAGCCCCGCGUCGAGGCCGCCCAGGACUGGGCCUGGUACCUCCACACCCAGGCCACCAAGACCGGCCGCUGGCAGCUCGCCCUCCGCAACUUCUGGCUCACCGCCGGACCCGGACGCCUCACCUUCGCCCGCCGCAGCUCCGCCCUCGCACGCCCCCUCUCCUCCUCCUCCUCCUAG